AUGGAUCGUGGUGCCCCGUCGGAACAAGUGCACCGGCGCCGGACUAGACUUGCCUGCGCACCAUGCAAAAUCCGGAAACGAAAAUGCAACGGAGAAAGUCCCUGUGCUUCCUGUAUUCGUUACGAUUACGAGUGCUAUUAUGACCGACCAGUUCGAACAAGGAAGGCUGCGACAGCACUCCAACGACAGCAGCGUCCACAGGUCAAUGUCCAGGGCACAUCGUCUCAGGAACCAGUUACAAACGACAAUGCAGUCAGUGUUGAAAAUCAUAGCGAGACUAAUACUCCAGUUACUACCAGCGAUCGGUACAUGGAAGCAAACGCGGGAGUGGUCUUCCCGCGUACUUUCGGCUUGAAACUGAACUCCAGAAAUAAUGCACAAAAUGGGGAUUGCCCGGGCUGGAACUUGGGUAUCCGCCAUAAUCCGCGCCGGUCCGAGAAAAGUGUCACUUGGAUUUUGGCAUAUGGUGCGUGGAAGGUGUUAUGCAACGUAUAUGCACAACACGUCCACCCAAUCUACGGCUUUCUAGACUUGCAAUCACUGUACGCGACUGCACAGCGACGAUGGGAAGACCCGCACGCCACCAAUGAGUAUGACAGUGUCUUCUGCGGUGUUGCAGCAUUGGGUUCCUUGUUUUCACCUCAAGCGAACUGGGAACAGGAGCGCCAUCUUGUCGAAUGUGCCAAGGAGAUACUUGAAACUUCUGGCACUAUCGCUAAUCCCUCCUUCCAAGACGCCGCAGGUUGGCUCUUGCGUACGCUAUACCUGCGAUGUAGUAGUUCUCCACACGCGGCAUGGAUGGCCAGUUGCAUUUCACUUCAUAUUGUGGAGGCAAUGGGUUUACAUCAGGAAUCUGCUACUGGUACGGUUUCGUUGGUUUAUGCUGACACUGCGACUCCAUUACCAGUUGGCAUAGGACAUGCUUGGGACGUGGAGACACAGACACGAAUAUUCUGGAUUGCGAAGCUCUUGAAUACAUGGAUUUCGUUCGAAUACGGAAGGUCCCGGAUCAUCCUUCAUGGAGAAUCUUGCCCUCUACCAAAAGUUGAGGAUCGUGGGAAUGAUCAUACCUCUGCCAUGAUAUCACUAUUCCAACUUUCCGAGGACCUCGACCCUAACAAAGAUAUACCAGCCACAGUUCUGGAAGACAGUCUGAAACAAUUAGAAAGCUAUGACUUUGGGGUUGACGCAUUGACUCUUUCACAAAGUGUUCUAGCCUUUACCAUUUACCGACGGCUUCAACUUCUCGGUUUAGGUGUCAACAAGACUGUAAUUGAACACGUAAUCAGCCUUGGACGUCGUGGUCUGGAGGCUUCCCGCCGAUGCGUUGAUGCAAAUCAUCCCUGGUGGCACGUCAACAACGUCCCUUUUCAAUUCACAUGUAUCCUAUUGGCAAUCGAUACGCCCGAAUCCCUGUUUCACGUCCGCGAUUCGAUUACACUUCUAAAAAAGACUGCUUGUCAUUUUGGAACUGCGAAAUCUCAUCAAGCAUUCGAGACGAUUGAUAUGUUGGUCCGUCUAUCGUUGAGUAGGAAGGAACAGGAAGCCAUUGUAUUGAAGGGGAGCAUCCUCGCAGGUGAAAGUUGCCACCCUGAGAUACAACAGCAGCAGCAGCAAUCUCUUGCACCGGACGGUACAGCUCAUAACGGCGAUAGACCUUUGCAACAUGAUAAUCCAAAUGGUCUUACUAACUUACCUGAUAUAGUCAACUCUACGGAUUGGGAGCGGCAUUUUUCUAAGCAUGCUAUGACAUGA